AUGGGUGGGCUGGCCCCGCGGCGUUAUCCACUUACCGGGGCCAGACGCCACGGCCUUUGGCGUCUGGCCCCUUUGUCACGUCAGCAGGUCAACGGGCACGCGGGCAGUGCGGACCAGGGGCCAGACGCCAGGUUCUCCUGGUCCUGGGAGAGAUUUCUUGUGGAUUUUCGGUCUAGUGUUGGGUUUUUUAUUGGAUGUGUUCGAGGAGCAGGGCAAGUAAUCAGAAACCGCACCCUUCACAUUCUCAUCUGCUCCGUCUCUGUUUCUGUCUCGCACCCAGAGUGGCGCGGCGCGGCGCUCCGUCCGGCAAAUGCCCCAGUCCUUAACAGGAGAAGGGAGAGGAUGAGUAGUGGCGAGCUGGCGCACCAGAACCGGCCCAGGAGCCGUGACACGGAGAUGGAAUGCGAGGAGGAGGAGGAUGAGACAUGCAAAAUGCUCAGCGAGGAGGAGGAGGAGGAGGUGGAGAUGUGGGACAAGAAGGUGCAGAACCGGAAGGCAUUCACUGGAAGCCUGGAGAAGGGGAGGAGAAUGGAAGAGCCCAUCGAACUGAGCGACGACGCCGAUGACAAUGAGACGAUAAUGGAAAUGUCGAAGAAGGCGGGCAAACACAAGGAGAAGAGGAGGAGGCACAAUGACGAUGGUGACCAUAAGAAGAAGAAGAAAUCUGUGAGCAGCCAUGGUGGUGACAAGAACACACAUAGUGCCGAUCGUGACAAGGAUAAGAGGAGGGACAUGCUGCUCUCGCCCAACAAGAACAAGGACCCUUUCCAUUCCAAGGAGAAGAGCAGGACAAUGCCGAGCAGCCACGGCGGUGAUGGGAAGAUGCAUCCUGGUGAUCACCACAAUGAUAACAAAAGCAGUACGAUGUGGAGGUCUGAGUAUGACAAGUACAAGGGGAUUCCAAAAAAGGAAAUGAAGAAGGAUAAGAAACCGUGGCCCGUGCAUAACGGUGGCAGCAGGGAGGAGGAGAAGAAGAAGACAGUGCUCGUUCUAUCCAAGGAGGGCAAAAUGCCUGUGCUAGACAACAGCAGCAACAAGGGAAACAAGUGGAAGAAGACGCCAAUGUUGUAUGAUAAGGUGAAGAAGCCGCGGACCAGUGACAAGGAUGACAAGGCAGGCAGUUAUGACAGAAAGAAGACAACACCGGGCUAUAACGCAGGGCACAAGGUGCAAAGCGGUCACGGAGAGAAGAAAAAAGUAAAAUUUGCAUUCUUCAAGGUUGCAGGCGAACAUUUCGAGGAAUUCCUGUUGAUACCACCAAAGCCGGCAGGGGCAUCCAAAAUGGUGGGCUUGACUAAUCAGCUUGUAUGUCUUGAAGACUCAGAGGGGAAGUCUUCAAUGGUCAGGCUAUCAGUGGUAGAUGGUUCCCUAGCUUUUUAUCAGGGGUGGAGCAAUUUUGUUUCAGACCAUUCCAUUAAGUGGGCUGAAAUCAUCCUGUUUGAGUACACUGGCUGCUCAAAGUUUUCUGUGCGGGUCUUUGGUGCGGAUUCUUGGGAGAGAGUAUCUUUCACUGUUGAAACGCGAGGUGAAGAGAAGAAACAGAAAGAGAGUUAUGCACCUGAUGAUUUGGCCCCAUGUCGGUGCUCUAGAGACAUAAAUGGUCAUCACUAUGUUUCUGGUGAAUAUACUAGGAGCAACAGGCCUAAAACAAAGUCUGAUGGAUAUACGGAUAACGCUGAGGUUUCUCCUGGUAAUUUAGUUGCUAAAUCUGCGAAUGCAGUUCCAGGGACACGUCGUAUGUCUGCCAAUUCAAUAGAAGAUCCUAACGGAGUAGUAGGCGGGAUCGUAGGUGGAUCCUCAAUGGCUCCAGAUAACAAGGAUGGACAUUUGGCGAAUGGGAAGCACACAGGAAAUGCUAUUUUUCCAUCAUAUAUAAAAGCUACUACAAGGAGCCCUGAAACAGUUGUAAUUGCCGACGAAGCUCCUUUAGCACAAGAAAAUAAGGACACAGUGGCUCUUGAUAACAAGGAAGCAAAUCUGACCAUUGGAGAGUGCAAAACGAAGUGCAAUGCUUCAAUAACUUGCAACAAUGAAAAAGCAACUAGGCUUGAUUUAGUCCCAGUUACUAUUGAUGCAGCUCCAUUGUCACAAGAAAAUGGUGAUGCAGUCGAGCUAAUGACAUUUGCUGGUCACAUAGAAGAUGCAGUCAUGAUGAAGGAAUCUACUUCGGCAAAAUGUGCAGAAAUACACGGUUCAGACGAAGAUUUAAGGAGGAAACAAGAAGGAAAUACAGUUCGAUUAGAAUGCACUGCUGCUGCGGACAAAUUUCCUAGCAAUAACAAGAUGGACACCAAUGGAAAUGCUUGCAGCAAAUAUGAAUAUCCAGGAGGUUCCCAGUGCUUGGGGAAAUGGAAGGAGGCUACUGUGAGUGGUCGAGAGUCUCUUGAUGGCACUGAACUGAUUAGACCUGAAAAAAGACUGAAAACUGAGGAGAAAUUGGUUGGUGCAAUGGGAGUAAACCCUGUUGAACGCGGGUAUGAUGGCACUCACUCCUGUGUGCCUAGCCAAAUAUCAGAGUCUGGGCUUACUAGGACGAAGAUUGAACAUUCUGUCAAUGGAAAAGGCGCUACUGGUAAACCUGAAACAAAAAUAGAGCAAGUGGGACCCGUGGAAAGCAUUGGAUGCAGACAGGAAAGGAACAAUAUUUCCAUGAGUGCCAACCGUGCAGUUGCACAUCAGACAGAACAUCAUUUCUUCCGACAGGAGGAUGCGAAGUCUAGCAAUCCUGCGCCCCCGGUGCCUUUGCUGCCUGUCAAGGUUGAAGUUUCGGAGUUAGAUGAUCAUCGUCCCGUAUUGAAGGCCAGUUUACAGUUCGUCGUCCCUUCUACCACUCAGACAAGGCUUGAGUUACCCGAUCCACUCUCCAAUGCUGUUGGGCGCAAAGGGAGGCUGGACCGGAACAUUGUAAUGCUGAAGGAUCCUAUGAAGAGAUUAUGGCCGGUGUUUUACCAUGAGACCUCCUUAUUCGUGGGCUUUACCGGUGGCUGGAAAUCUUUCGUCGCAGCAAACAAGCUUGAGGCGGGGGAUCUCUGCGUGCUUCUGAUGGACCUGGAUGAAGAUGAGCUAGUGUACGAUGUUGAGAUCACCAGGAAAUGAGGCCAUUGCUCUUUGUCUCCCCUGAUGCUGUAGAGGCAGUGAUCAUCAGCAUCAAGGAACAUGUUUCUGUUCUGUGUGGCUGGAAAACUUUUGACGAGGAUGUGGUCUACAUCUUUGUGUGUAUAUAGUGCGCGACCCUGGAAGACGCUGCUGCUCGGUGUAUUUUGUAAGACUGACAAACAUCCUGGAAAUGUGAAACUCAAGCAAGGGGCAUGUUAUUUUGGAGGAGUGAAGCAGGAAAGCUGUAUGUGGCCUUGUUGCAUCAGGUGUUGGAAACGGAGGAUGUGUAACCUAUCUCAAGUUGGUCGUUUCGCUUUUGCUCUUUUGUUUCUUGAUUGGAUCCCGUGGUUUGAAACCUUGGAUCGGUUUGUGUAGAAGGAGCCAUGACCAUGUGUUUUGGCCCAUCAGUGAGUGAUGUAGUGACAGGUAGUCGCGGCCCAGAUGGCAAGCCUCGUCAGACAGAAAGGGUGCU